UGCAGCGCAGCGCGACACGCACGCGCGCGCCAGACCAGCAGCGGCAGCGGCAGAGAUGUGAACGGUGGCCUGGAAAAUAAUGUGCCUCGGCUCGUCGUCAACAUGCUCUCGGGAGUUGUGUACGCGCUGCUGGCGGGUUUCCUCGGGGCCGUGGCGUCGUCAUCGGCCAAGCUGUCCCUCGGAGCCGACUACCUGAAGGGAGUCUGUGAAACCGGACUCCGGACGUGGGGGGAGCAGCGGAAAUUUAGACAGGCGGACGAAACUACCGCCUGCGACCGGCUUCAUAUCCCUCUGAGGCUGCUGUGUGGCGGGCUGCUUUUCACCUGCAAUGCUGUGAUGUGGACCUUCCUCGCCAAAGCCCUCAGGUACUCCUCUUCCUCCACCCAAACCACUGUGACAACCACCGCCUCCAACUUCAUAUCUUCCGCUUUUCUGGGCCAGCUGAUCUUUGGUGAAGCCCAGAUAACGUUGUGGUGGGUCGGGAUCUCCCUGACCUUCUCGGGUCUGUUGGUACUGCAGAGGGUUUCACCGCAAGAUGGGCAACGUGACACAGCCAUCAAGGACGAAUAAUAAGUCUUGUCUCCACUAGAGUUCAGCCCGGCUUCGGCUGGCUGUGGAACGAGGUGUGUUUUGGUCGUUUUCUCCUCUGAUUUGAACAUCUAGCGAAAGAAAAGUAAUAUCUUACAAGAAGAUGUUCGAGUUAAUACUCCCCCAAUCACUAGUUCUAUUGAUUAAAUUGUUUCAUGAUUAAACUAAAUGCCACUUAAAUUGCAUCUUUAAUGAUGAAGAAAACUAAACAGGUAGGCAGAGGAACACUGUUCAAACAUAUCAGAGGAGAUGUUGGCCUUUAGCCAGUAUGGCCAUAACACAGCUACAGUCUGGCUAGUGGAGACAAGCUGAUGGAUGCCUGCAAAGAGUCUUUGAACACACCAAUGAAGCAAAAACCAUACGAGCUUUACGUUACGUUUGGGGAGUUUAUCAGUCAACAGCAGCACAAGAACUUGUGAGCUAGCAGAGCAGAUUAGAAGGAAAAGAGAAGACUAAAGGGAAUAAUAAAACAAUUUGAGAAAUACCCUUCUUUGCAUUCUCUACUGAGUGAGACAAGAAGAUUGAUACCACUCUGAUGUCUGUGCGGGAUAUAUGAAGCUGGUUGGCAUCUGGUUAGCCUAGCUUAGCAUAACAUGAGGGAGAAGGGAAACAGCUAGCAUGGCUCUGUUUGAAGCUAACAAACUCUGCCUGCACAUUUAAAGCUCACAAUUAACAUAUUAUAUAUUGUAUGUUUAAUUCCAACAUCCAGUAAAACCACAUGGUGUCUUUUUACAAUUCGUUUUUAAUAUGGACUAAACAAAUGUUAGCUUUGGGCAGAGCCAGGCUAGCACCACCCAAUUCAUUCUUUGUGCUAAGCUAAGCUAUGUUGCUUCAUAUUUAAAGGACAUAGGCUACAUGAGUGAUAUUAAUCUUCUUUUCUUACCUUUUUCAAGAAAGGAAAUAUGUGCAUUUUUCAAAAGCUAUACCUUUAAAGGAGGAGACAGAUUAUAUAUAUAAUAUAAUAUAUUAUCCCCAAAAUGUACUUGAAGUUAAUCUUUUGGGGUUUCCUCAUGAGCAAUGGGCAAAUGGCAUCAUGUACUUUGAUGUCACUAUUACUCGCCUGCGCAUUAUGUGUUUCGCAGCCUUCAUAUCACCAAAGCUUUCUUAAUUCUCACGUUUCCUUAAGUUACUCUGACACUCACUGUAUACAUCCAACACUGACGUUGCAUCUUGUGCAUGCUCAAGGCGAAUAAUAAUAAAUGAAGCACUUAGCUGAAGAGGUAAGCUCGUACUUUCACAAGUAAUAAUACUAAUGUAGUGCUCGAAAGGCCCUUUUUACUCUUGCCUGUCUUUCUUGACAGCUUUAAUCUCAAGAUAUGAGCAGGACACAGCUGCUCCUCCACUUUAUGAUCGACGCAUGCAUGUUCCUACUGAGGCCUAGACUCAAAUAUCUCACACCAAAGCAUCCUGGAGCGUCAGUCCAUAUCAGAGACACGUCCCCGUGAGCUGCUUCGUGUUACUAAACACACAAUCGUGUGAUUAAAUGUCUCUCCAGCAUUAGAGAUGUCACAUUGCCUCUUGAUUGCCUGUUGAGCUUCAAAGCGCCUGCAUCCCUGAUCUCAUAUUAUCCCGUCCGUCACCCAUCAUUUGCAAUACCAUCAAACGUCCUUUAAGUCUCAUAACACUGAUGUGUGCAACAGCGAGGGAGCUUUAAGGGGAUAGUUAAAUGGCAAUACAUGCUGCAAGAGGGACGUUUCUGUUGGCAUGAAUCAGGCAAAGUAAGUAUACCUUAGUAUACAGUGCUUUGUCUAAUGCUUUAUUGAACAGUAUUUUGAGCUCACUCUUUGCGGUUGUUUGGAUACAUAUCAUAAUAUGAAUGCAUACCGGUAGCUAUUAUGCCUGUCUGUGAUACUCCACAGCAGCAACGCACAAAUAUAUGUCAGAUUUCCUUCCAGCCGCUGCUGUGCAGGUUUUGUAUCACGUGAUUUACAUGCAUCCCUAUUAAUGUGACUGCGGCUGAGUGAUGGUUCACCUCGCAGGAUUCUUCAUCAGUGGAUAUCACGCCCAGCCAGGCUGAAGUGAAUUCAGCUGUUUGUGCCUCCCAGUCACAUCCUGUGUGUUGAAUUACCUUUUUGGGUGAAAUUGCACUUAUUCCCUUUCUUGCCGAGAGUCUGAUACCACUCUCAUGUCUGUCAGGAUUAAUAUGAAACUGGAGCUAGCAGCCAGUUAGCUUAGCGUAAACCACAAUUUCACAUUUGAACGUAGUAUUUGACAUAAAACGUGUUAAUUUGUGAGUUUUCGGGAUGCUGGGAGGCAAUUAGCUGACAGGUAGCUGUGUCCACCUGUAAACAGUGUUUAUGCUAAGCUAACUGGCUGCUAGCUGUAGCAUCAUAUUAACAGACAGACAUGAGAGCGGUGUCAACCUCCUCAUCUGAACUCUCAGCAGGUACGUGAACGUGAAAUGUAUUUCCCAAAAUGUCAAACUAUUUCUAAUGUACCUUUAAGAUCUGUAAUAUGUGCUUUUGAUUCUGAAGUGUUUUUUUUUGGGUGCCUGGCUUUUCCUCCAGUUAACAGCAUGAAAUGAAGGUAAACCUUCUACCUGUGAACCUUUCACUGUAUAAUAACCAGUCGGAGCUCUGCAGCAGCCACAUGGCCCUGAGUGUGAUGUAUUUAUAUAUCCGUGUGCACAUAAACUGUAGAUGUGGUCGUACAGAGAGAUUAGAAAACCACUCAAAUAAGAUGUUGACUCGACAAGGUGUGCGAGACAUUGGCGAGUUCAUGUACAAGAAAACACGAGUACAUUUUUUCAGCCUUUUCAAAAUCAGUCAAGUUUUGACCGAUAUCUAUAAUGAAAAAAGAGAUUGAUUUUGCAGUAGUAUGUUGGUACACUCUUUAACCUAAAAUAUGUGCAGGUCAGUCAUCGCUUCAAUCUAAAGGCUGCUGCACCUACAAAUUGAACAUUGUGUUUUACUUUUUAACACAAAUCAAGACAGUUUGAUUAGAAGGAGUGAGUUUUUUCUCCGAUGUAAACUGUUCAUAAUGUGUCUUACGGAUAAUGUGAAACAAACAUUUGUAAAAUUGUAAAUACAUUCUGUUAAUAGGUAACACUUAAACGGAUGUGUAAAUUGCCAUCCUCACUGAGAGAAGAGACUAUAGAGGAUUAUUUAAUAAACAUCUCAUCUGACAAACAAGAUUCUUGUCUUAUCGUAUGUUAAGUUCGUCUUCAUGGCAGCUUUGAUCUUCAGAAAGAGGAGCGUCUCACACGAUUCUACUUCCAUAUUGAUCAAAUUAGAUGUGACGUACAGUGCAGCUGUAUUCAACUGGUAAAUAUGUGAAGGUUUGGUCUUUUCCUGCAGAGAACAGGGACUUUGUACUCAUUUAGAUCAGUGUCCUCUGCAAAUGAAACACUAACGUCUAAUAAAGAGCAAUCUGACUGCA